AUGAGUGGGACUCCCCCUGAUCGGUGCUUUCAGCCUCCUGAGACAUCGGAGGUGCUGUCGGUAAUGGAGGUGGAACAGCUGAUGUGGCUGAAGCAGCUGGAGCGGUGCAGCCUGUGGAGGCUGUUGUUGGUUCUGAGCUCAUUGGAUCGGAGGGCAGGAUCCAGCGAGCCCACAGCUGGAAAAUCCAAGGUCUCUUCCAAGACUCCAGAACACGAGGAAACUGUGGCAGGGCAUCCAGUCUGUCACAGACUAAAAACCCACACCCUCAUCCUCAAUGAGCUCAACAACUUCUUCGGAAGAUUUGAGGAGCUGAACUCCAACCCUGCGAGGAAAGUGACACCACAACCCGACGAACAGGCACUCAGACUAGAAACAUCAGCAGUGCGGAAAGUUCUGAGGAAGGUCAACGCGUGGAAAGCUGCAGGUCCCCACAACAUUCCAGGUCGGCUGAUCAAAGAAUGCUCGGACCAGCUGACCCACGUGCUCACGGACAUCUUCAACAUGUCCCUGGACCAGGCCGUCGUUCCACAGUGCUUCAAGUCUGCCACUGUCGUUCCGGUCCCAAAGACAACCACCAUCACGUGCUUUAACGACUUCUGCCCCGUUGCACUCACUUGGCGGCGAUUUAUUGAAAGUUGCAAGUCCUGGAUAGACCUGGAUGGCAGGAAGAAAGAAAUAGCCGAGACUUUCUCUCAGUACACAGCUGAGUUGCCGGGACCCGCUGAGCUGGGGUACCAUAGGAAGUGCUGCUCGAGAGAGGAGAAUAUUCUGGAUCACCGUUACACCACUAUCAGCAACACUUAUCACGCCGUCCCCCGCGCUGCACUGGGCCACUCUGACCACAUCAUGGUCCAUCUGAUUCCUGCAUCCAGACAGAAACUCAAACUCUGUAAGCCGAAUGUGAGGACAUCAAAGCAGUGGAGCCCUGAGGCUGUGGAGGAUCUUCAAGCGUGUUUGGAGACUACUGACUGGGAUGUUUUCAGGACUGCCACCACCACUCUGGAUGAGUACACAGAGACUGUGACUUCAUAUAUCAGUUUCUGUGAGGACUGCUGCAUACCAUCACGCACCAGGGUGAGCUACAACAACGACAAACCCUGGUUCAGUCCUAAACUCAGACAGCUGAGGCUGCAGGAAGAAAAGGCAUUUAGGAGCGGGGACAGGGACAAGGAGUCAAAGUACAGGUUUAGUGAGGCGGUGAGGGACGCUAAACGGCUGUACGCUGAGAAUCUCAAACAACAGUUCCCAGCCAACGACUCUGCGUCUGUCUGGAGGGGCUCAGAUAGAUCACCAACUACAAACCUAAACCCCCCCCACUCUGUCAACGACCUGCGUCUGGCAAACAAGCUGAAUGACUUCUACUGCAGAUUCGAAAGACAAUGGGACAGUCCUAACACCAACACCAUCCCCCACUACCACCAGCCCCUGCCCACCAGCAUCCCCACCCCCACCUCAGAAGGGGCCUGCCCCCCCCACAACUGCCAAAAUCAAAGGACCCCCGUCCCUCAACUGCCAUGA